CAUCAACAUCAACACAGACACCAAAGAACAGAGCAAAGCAAUUGUAUGACGACACCCUAGCGAUUAUCCGAAGUCAAUCUCGCCUUCGCCCCCCUCAUAGAGAACAAAAACAACUCCUUCAGCUUGAGAAACGCAGCAGCUUUCACCAUGUCCGAUCAGACCCAGACCGCCCCUACCCCACUUCCUACGGAACCGAAACGCUACCUCGAACCCCCACCAAACCACCCGGCCAACGAGUACACCCGCGAAGCGGUUCCCGCGGUAGCUGAUGCCGUCAAGUCGAUCUCGCUCGACGAUUUCAAGAAGGUGCAUACGCAGCCUUGCUUCCGGGAUGCGUAUCUGUGGGGAAUGAGUGGUGGAUUUGCGGUGGGAGGGCUGAGGUUUAUCGCGGGAGGCGGAAUACCAAAGGCUUGUAAUUGGGCGGUGGGAGCUUGCUUGGGAACCAGCAUCGUCACAUACGAGUACUGCCAGUACCGGCGGAGACAAGAGAAGCAGUUCAUAGCGCAGGCGUCGGCGAUCAUGGAGCGGAAGCGGGCAGAGGUGGAGAAGAAGAUGGCCGAGAGGAAAGAGCGGGCUAUGAAGGCAGCUGCUGAGAAAGAAGCACAGGCAGCUGCAGCCAAAAGUUCGUGGAAAUUCUGGUGAAAAGCGGACACAGCUCUUCUUCACUGUAUAUUAUCUGUAGAGUACGCAAUGUGUCCUUGGAUUCGUUCAUAACUGGAAUAUAUUCAUUGAAGUCA